AUGACUGACAGCAACCCAGCUGCUAACCUCAGCUCAGCUGACACCUGCUAAAUUAGUCACCGUGCUAGCACCGCCAAACCUUUUUCACCAAUUCUUCCCUACUUUUACCCUUAAUUCCGCCUCCUAGGUGAACCGCGCGGGCGGGGGGCAGCUUGUAAACGUUAUAUAUGGCGUUAAAUUGGGCAUGGCGCUUGCGUUUAAACGCCUCGACAGCCCCGUCAAGCUGAUUAGCAUUUAAGCUAGCUCGCCGAGGAGUGUUCCAAGUUUUCCGAGGCACUUCCGCUUUUCCAACCAUGGGAAUACUUUUCACCAAGUUAUGGAGGCUUUUUAACCAUCAAGAGCACAAAGUCAUUAUUGUUGGCCUGGACAACGCUGGCAAGACUACAAUUCUUUACCAAUUCUCCAUGAACGAGGUGGUGCACACGUCGCCCACCAUAGGCAGCAACGUCGAGGAGAUUGUGGUCAACAACACGCACUUCCUAAUGUGGGACAUCGGCGGGCAGGAGUCACUGAGGUCAUCGUGGAAUACCUACUACACUAACACAGAGUUUGUGAUCGUGGUGGUGGACAGCACUGACCGCGAAAGAAUCUCAGUGACCAAAGAGGAGCUUUACAGGAUGUUAGCGCACGAAGACCUGAGGAAGGCGGGACUGCUGGUGUUCGCCAACAAGCAGGACGUGAAGGGCUGCAUGUCGGUUGCCGACAUCUCGCACAGUCUGCAGCUCACUUCGGUCAAAGACCACCAGUGGCACAUCCAGGCCUGCUGCGCCCUCACCGGUGAAGGCUUGUGUCAAGGUCUCGAGUGGAUGAUGUCACGAUUACGUGUCAGAUGAUGGCACUCUGAAUCUUCGUUCGGCCUCGCUCCAGGACUCCGAUGAUGAUGAGGAACUAGCUUGGCAUGAGCCUUUUCCCCCACCAAGCUAUUUUGAGGACCUUCUUUUUGUCUUGUGUGAUAAUUUAUUGGACCCAGGACUUUAUUUAAAGUGCACGCUUUUUCCUUUCAACAAGAUGGAGGUCCUCACCUGCAGCCCCCGCGGCCUUGAAGCAGUAUUAGCGGACCGGUGACCAUGCAUCCAGUCCAGUAUUGUUUUAACACGGUGCCUGUUGCAACAUGGACGCUUGGUGUGAUGAUGAGGGGAUACGGGAGUGGGACUGGUGGGGGUUCAAUCACAAAACGUGCCCUCGAGAGAUAAACCAAGUCGAUUAAAUGUUUUUAUCUGUUGAUCUCAAGCAUGCCUACUGAGGGUUUUCUUCACCAAUGAGGUCAUUUUAUAGCGUGUCUAUCAAUUGCUCCCUCUACAGGCAGACACGUAUAUUGAGAAUGUUCCUUUUGCUCCAUGCGUCAGCGUAAAAAGGUCACUCUACAGGUGCCAGCUUAUGUCGGCUGCCCAGUCUGUCACGAUUCAUUUACCACUCCAGGCAAGACAUCAGUCUCUCCUCCAGGAAGAUGAGUGCGUUGCUAUGGAAACAUAGCCCAAACAGAAGUGACCCACCGUGCCUGUCAUCGCCCCGAUAAUCGACUUCAUUCUGGGCUUCUGACAUCACCCGCAAAAAAAUAAUGUGAACAGUCAUCUCUGUUUUUGUUUUUGUUCACUCUCAUCAGCAGCUGUGUUGUACUUGUAGCUGGCGACCGCUUGUUUUUUUUUUUUUUUUCCACUGACACCCAACUAACACUACGGAAAGUGACUCCUUG